AUGAUGGAUUUUACACCUGGUUUUGAUAGCAGUACUUUAUUUUAGAACUCAUGGAGUAUUAUAUCUGGGACAUAUGAUCCAUCAUAAUAAAAGGCAGAUUAUUCUUGCAAGACUUCAACGUCAACAACUGCAGGUGUUUUAUCACCAUAUUAUAAACUUUAUCCAUAAGGAUUUCAGGUUACCUCUUCGGCUUAGCAAUAACCUUAUCAAUUUACUUAUGCUGAUAUUCUUUAUUUUACAACUGCUAGUGAUUUAAUAGAUUUUAAUAUGGUUGACUAGCAAAAUAAUGUCGCUACUUCGCUUUUAGGAAGUACAGGUGAUCAAUAAAAUUAAUAAUGCGCAUAUUAAAUCAGUUGCAGUAAAAAUAGUCCAUUGAAAGAUGUAGUUGAAUUUUCUUUGUCUUACAAUAAGUAAUUUAUAAGUUAAAAUCCUGUAACAUCGUUUACUUACGACAGAAAUCCUGUUUAUGGAGAUUGGUUUGGGUUGUUGAAAAUUGUGAUUUGGUCUAACUGUGUUGAAAAUUGCUUGACCUGUCAAGAUGCUAAUAAUUGUAAGGUGUGCAUAAAAGGAUUUAAUCAAUACACUCUUUCAAAUGGAAAUAAAGUAUGUGAAGAAACUAGUGGUUGUAAAACUACUAACUGUUUUUCAUGUAUAAAAAAUUCUGACUUAAAUUUAAAUAAAUGCGUUAAAUGUAAUCCUGGAUAUACAUUAGAUUCUAUUGGCAAUUGUUUAGUUUAAAAUAACUGUUCAUCUAGUUAAUAUUAUUCUAGCAGUGAUAAAGCUUGUGUUAAUUACCAAUCACUUUGUUUGAUGCAAGUUAGUGGUUAGUAUAAUUAAUGGUAAGCAUGCGCUUAAGCAGUUAGUACAUCAAUCAUUAAAUGUCCAAAAGAAAAAACUAUAUUAAUAUACGAAUUAAAAAAUUAUAAAGUAUUAACAUGUGACUGUAAAGUUGAUUAUUGUGAUGUAUGCUAAAAUGCUUAAACUUGUGAUUCAUGCAAGACUGGUUAUUAACUUAAUUCACAAAAAACUUUAUGUACUUUCAACGCAUGUCCGUAAGGAUAAAGUAAAGACCCUAAUUCUGGUUUUUGUGUUGCUAAUUGCCCAGGAACUAAUUGUUUGACUUGUAAUAACACUUAAUGUCUUAGUUGCCUUUCUAAUGCAAACUAUUAUAUUGACUAAUCUAAUCCUUAAAACUGUGUCACCUGUAAUAUUACUAAUUGCUAAACUUGUUCAGGUGAUGGAAAAUGCUCAGUUUGUGUUUCUGGUUAUACUUUAAGUAUUGACAAAUUAUCUUGCAAUUCAUGUAGUGUUUAAAAUUGUAUAGCUUGCUAAAGUAAUUCAUCUACUCUUUGUAGUUAAUGUGCACCAAAUUACUUAAAAAGUGGAGAUAGCACCUAUUGUGCUUGUAAUGUAAACGGCUGUUUGAAGUGCCAGUAAAAUGAUGGAUCAAAAUGUUUAACUUGUGCUAAUAAUUACAUUUAAAACAACAAUCUUUGUUAAUGUCAAGUCAAUAAUUGCUAAAUAUGCAACCCAAUAGAUGGAGCUAAAUGCUUAUUAUGUAAUGCUGGGCUAACUUAUAAUACACAAAAUAAUACAUGUUAUUGCCCUAUAAAGAAUUGUAUUUCCUGCAGUAAUUAAGUAGGGUAAUGUUAGACCUGUUAAUUAUAUUAUUUAUUAAGUUCUGAUAGCUAAAACUGCACUUGUAAUCUUUUAAAUUGUUAAAUUUGUGAUCCUAAUGAUGGUAGUAUAUGCCUUUAAUGCAAUACUGGCUAUACUGUUGAUUCUAAUACAAAUUAAUGUAAGAGCACAAUUAAAAACUGCUUAACAACUUAGCCAAAUAGUUCUAAUCAAUGCUAAUUUUGUCAAAAUAAUUAUUUACUUGAUAGUUCUCAAUAGUGCUAGUGCCAAGUUGAUAAUUGCUAAAUUUGUUCACCUAAUGAUGGUAAAUUGUGUGAUGUCUGUAAAAGUGGAUACAAUAAGAAUAUAAAUAGUUAAUGCUAAUCUUCUUUACUAAAUUGUUUAGCAAUAAACGCUAAUGAUAUUACUAAAUGUUAAGUUUGCUAAAAAAACUAUCAAUUAGAUAGCUCAUUCUAAUGUUAAUGUCAAGCUCAAAAUUGUAAAUCGUGUUCUUCUUCUGAUGGAAAUAUCUGCUUACAAUGUAGCUAAGGUUAUGUUUUAGAUCAAAGUACAAAUCAAUACUAGACUACAAAACAAUGUGUAUGUAGUGUAUAAAAUUGUUAAAUUUGCUCCGAUGUAAAUGGAUAGAUAUGUAAAACAUGUAUUAAAAAUUACAUGGGUCCAUAGUGCUUAUGCUAAGUAUAAAACUGUAGCAUUUGCUCAAUAUAAGAUGGUAAUAUUUGUGAUACUUGUAAUUUAGGUUAUAAAUGGAAUAAUUAAACUAACAAAUGUGAUGCAAUACCAAAAUGUUUAGUUUAAAAUUGUGAUUAAUGCUAAUUAAAUAAUUCUAACUCGUGCUCUUAAUGCUCAGAUGGAUAUUCAAUCUUAAUAAAUUCCUAAUAAAAUACCAGUCCAAUCAAUAUAUGCUAAAAAACAAAUGCUUGUAUGGUUGAUGGAUGUUAAACAUGCUCUCAAACUAACAAUAAUAUGUGUUUAAAAUGUAAUGAUCCACUAAUAGUUAAGAAUCUAGGGAAACUAUGUCAAUCAAUUGAUUUAAAUGAUUUUGAUGUUAUUUAUAAAGCUACUGAUAUUGGAUAUAAUGUAACCAUUUCUUUUUAAGAAAAUUUAGUUAAUUUUAAUUUAAUUAAUUAUGAGAAAAUAUUAAGUAUUGAAAUAACAGGAAUUUAAAAUUAUACUUAUUAAGUGACAAAUGUAUUAAACAACAAAAUAUAUCUCAGUAUUAAAGUUGAUUAAAACUGUAAAAAUUAAAAACUAGAAGUGAAAUUACAUGAUCCUAAUUUUGUUUAAAUAAAUAAUAUUUAAAACAAUUACAAGGAAGUUUAAUUAAGUAGUUAUGUAGUUUAAAGUUAAAAUUAAUAACAGCAAGCAUAGGCAGCAAAAACUGCUAGUUAGAGCAUGCAAACUACAUUACUAUAUUCAAUGCUUUCAAUAGCAAUGAUUGGAAACUUUUAUGUGCUUUUUAACACUAUCGAUCUUACCACUUUUAUAUAUUUUUUGAUGUUUGUAAAUGUCAGAUAUCCUUCUAAUGUAACUGCAUUUUGCUCUAUUUUUCAAAAUUUCUAAAUGGCUUUCAUCCCUAAUGUCUUUUAAGUAUACCUUACUGAUCCGAACUAUAUUUAACCCAACACUCCAGGUAAAUUUAUGGAUUAUGGAAAUGAUGCAUACCUUCUAAAUAGCUCAGGUUAGAGUUUUACAAUAGUUUUUGGCAUUUUAGCAAUUUACAUAUUUAUAAAAUUAUUCAGUUUUAUAAAAAUACCUGGAUUUUAGUUGUAUCUAUAAAAGAAAAUUGAAAGUGGUUGGGAAUAUAAUGCUUUUUUUGAUCUUAUUUGGACUGUCUACAUGUAUGUAGUUGUAGGAGUUUUCUUGCAAUUUUACAAAUUCGAAUUCACAGAGUCUCUAUCUUUCUUAAAUUAUACCCUUUUCUCUAUGUCUUUUAUAGCAAUGUUUGUCAUCCCAAUUAUGAUUGCAAUAUUUAUUUCUAAGACACCUAACUUAAAUGACCCAAGAAUUCAAAAGUAAUUUUCAUCAAUCGUAGGAGGAUUAAAAGUUGGUGGUGACUCAGAAGAAAAAUAGCAAAGAUUACCAUCUAUAGAAAAUAAGAUUGGUUCUGAAUGUAAUAUAAAUGAAGAUUAAAUUAACAAAAAGUCUAAGUAUUCUGAAAUAGCUGGUUCUUUAAAAAAUAAAAAAAUAAAGUACUAAGAAAGAGUUAUGAGAUAUAGCAAAUAUACAAAUGUUUUUUUGUACUUCAGAAAAAUUGCUUAUGCCAUAUUCAUCAUUUACUUAUUUGAUUGUCCAUAUGUUUAAUUGAUUUUAAUAAGUCUCCUAAAUGCUUUUUUAGCAUUUUUUUAUUUUUAUAUUUGUCCUCAAGAUAAAUAGUUUGAAAACAUAAGAAAUGGCUUGAGUGAAGUUUUUUUAAUAGUGAUGCAAAUAUGUGCUGGAAUCCUUGUGGAUGAUAAGUAGGAUCAAGAUGAACAAGAAAGAAUAAACAUUGGCUGGGUGUUAAUUGGAAGUGCCUCUUUUAUUUUACUAAUGCAUAUAUUUACUGUUGUCAUUGAUCUUUUUAGAUUUAUCUUUAAUCUAAAAAUUAAUUAUAAAAAAUGA